AUGACCCGAAUAGAUGAAGAUGAGAAUGCAGACAAACGUGAAAUAGCUAUUUUGAGACGAGAUGGAUUUCAUAGGCCGCCUCUUGAUGUAACACAUCUCACGAGAAUAUGCACUAACUGUAAUCAAUUAAUUCGUAACGAAGUAGCUGCAAUGGAACAAGAUCCUACUUGCUUAAGACUGAAUGUAUUGACGCAAACUACAAAUAGUACUUGUCUGAUUUGCAAUGUUGCUAAUGAUAUACACAGGUUAUCAGUCGAAUGCAAAGCUAAUGUUUUUAUUCUACAAAAUAUCUAUAUUCCUGAAAAUGUGAGAUCAUGUAGACAUCAUUUAGAUGAGCGAGGUUUUAUUUUCCAACCGUUGUUACUUGGUUUGCGUUUUGUUAACAGGCCAUACGUAAUUAGAGGACCACAACUCCAAACAUUCUUGCAAGGACUUCGUAAUGUGGCAAGAAAGACGAGAAUUGACGAUGAGAAUAGUUUGUCUGAUAAUGAAUUUGAAUCUUUCUGUCCUGUGACAAAAGAACAGUUUCGAGAACUAUUUACUUAUUGUGAAAGAGUACCCUGCGAAGGUGGCUACAGAUAUAUCAGCAAAAAGGACCUGCUGAUGUUCUUGUGUAAAAUGCGUCAGGGACUCUCUGAUGAUUUUCUCAAUGCUAUGUUCCAAUAUUCAAGUAGACAAGCAGUAAGUCUGGCCAUUGCCACCGUCAGACAAUCAUUAAUGCAACAGUUUGUUCCUAACAAUAUUGGAUUUGACGCAAUUACAAGAGAAAAUGAUAUCGAAAGACAUGUGACGGAGUUCUCCAACGAAUUGUAUAAUCCACAACCUCAAAUUCCCCGAGUAAUUGCAUCCAUCGACGGUACUUACGCGUAUAUUCCAAAAAGUAGUAACUUUCGAUCUCUUCGGCAGUCAUACUCCGUUCACAAGGGGCGACACUUAGUGAAACCUGUUCUGAUAGUUGCACCUGAUGGCUAUAUACUCGACAUUCAAGGGCCGUACUUCUCUGAUAGCUGCAAUAAUGACGCUCGUAUUCUGCAGAAUGAAUUUGUAAGAGAUGCUGAUAGAAUGACAACGUGGUUUCAGGAAAAUGAUAUUGUUAUAGUGGAUAGGGGAUACCGGGAUGCCACUGAGCUGCUAGCCCGCUUAGGUAUUCUGUGGAAAAUGCCGGCGAUUAUUCAACCAGAUGAGCGUCAACUCUCCACAGAGGAUGCUAAUGAUUCGCGACUGGUUACAAAGACAAGGUGGAUAGUAGAAGCUAGAAAUGGGCACAUUAAAUCCAUUUUCAAAUUCUUUGAGAAAAUUAUACAAAUCCAGCAUCUUCCAAAUCUAGGAGAUUUUUACCGGAUAGCUGGAGCUAUUAUCAACAGGUAUCACCCGCCCAUUCUCAUGGAAGGAGCCAAUGUUGAAAUGGCCCAACAAUUACUUGACAAGGUGAGGGAACCAAACGUCGUCCAAGCAAUGGUUGAGGUGGAAAAUCUCAAAACCAGGAAUGCUCAAAGAUGGGUUCGUUUGGAUGCUGAACAAUUGUUUGAUUUUCCAGUCUUGACGGUGGAGUUUCUAAAAAAUCUCACAGUUGGUGUAUAUCAAAUCAAGUUAGCACCAUCUUAUGUGCAAGAUAAAUUACAAAGAGACGAAGAAGAAGAGUUCCAACUUGAAAUGUUAAGAGAUGUAAACAGAUUACCACAGCCAGGAUUGAUGAGAAUUAGAGUUUUUUCACGAUUCCGCAAUGCAAUGAAAUAUCAGCUAUGGAUUUCAUACCAACCGACUAAUGAUGAUGAGGUGGACGAUGGGAUGGAUAAUCACGAACGUACUCCCAUACAAGGUUACUACUGUACGUGUAAGUCCGGCGCUCGAACUCUUGGUACCUGUGCGCAUAUUGCCAGUGUCCUAUGGUUUAUGGGAUACGCACGCCAUCAAGUUAACAUUCGCUAUCCCUCAACAAGACUACUCGAAUCCAUACAUGACGCAGCAAACAGACCGCAACAACAAAAUGUAAAUAUUGUACCAGAAGUCAUUGACGUUUAG